AUCAUGUGUGUGAAAGUAUCAUGUGUUUAACAUUCCUUAAGCCAUGCUUUUAUUUUGGAUUUUUGGAUAAAUGCUAUCAGACACACGACUUUUACCCCGAAAAGGCGACUGAUGUCUUCGUUGCGUGAUAAAAGAACAUGGAGUCUGCCAUCAGGGAGAAGCAGCUCUUUCCAUAGCCAUGGAUCAUUCACUGGAAAGGGUUCAAGCAGCUAUACCGAUUAUGAACCAGAAAGCAUCAUCAACAUACCAAACUCUGUUCUGCAAAAAAGAGCUUCAGUUCAGAUUCACGGAAUAAACGGCGAAGACAUGCCCAACCUUGUUGGUUCUUCUGUGACUGAAGCAGUUUACCUAAUACCCAAAAUACCAAAGCUUUCCUCGAGAAAAUGGCUCGUUGCUCCAUAUUGUUUACUAUUCAUGGCUUCGUAUGUGGCUUCCGGGUCUAUUUUUACGCAAUACGUUUACAACAGGGUGCAAAAAGAUCUUUUCCCAGACAUAGAUGAGCUAAAUUCCACUGAAAAAUGCCAUGUGAAUACAAGUGAUCCGAAUUAUGUCAUGCAUACUGAAGUCCAACAGAAAGCAUCUCAUUGGAACAUGUACUAUUCACUCGCUGGUGGUAUACCGGCAGUGUUUGCGAGUUUGUUUUUCGGUUCAUUAUCGGAUAAAUUCGGAAGAAAGUUCGUGUUCUUUUUACCAUGUUUUGGAGCUAUUAUCAGGAUGGGGGUUUGUUUGCUUGGAAUUUAUUUGGAAUUUAAUAUGUUGUAUUUCCUGAUAGGAUUUGCCAUCGAUGGAAUGACUGGAUACAUAGCAGUUAUGCUUAUGGCCUGUUUUGCAUAUGUGGCGGAUAUAACCCCGCCUAAAGGAAAGGAACGGGCGUUUGCAAUAACCAUGGUAGAACUCUUCAAUGGAAUUGGGGCAACUUUGUUCAGCUUCAUUACCGGUUUCUUUAUACAAGAUACGGGUUUCUUUUAUCCAAUGCUCUGCUCACUAGGAUUAGUUAUUGUCGCUUUAAUUUUAGUCCUGUUCAUACCCGAAAGUUUUACAUCAGAUAAAAGGGACACUGACGAAUCAGUGUGCGAGAAGCUCGCUAAAUCGUUUAGACUUUUUUUCGGAACGUCAAACACUGGGAGACGAUGGCUGUACAACGUUUUAAUGGUUAUAUUCUUGUUAAGUCUGUUCUCCAUGUUUGGAAGAUCCAGCGUGGAACCACUUUACCAACUGGACGACCCGUUUUGCUGGACACCUGAAAAGCUGGGAUAUUAUAGCUCAGCCAAGAAUCUGCUACAGAAUGCCUGUGGGAUGGGCCUUAUCAAAGUAAUGCAGAUGGCGAUGUCCGAUGAAGCAAUUGCCAUGAUGGCCUGUGUAACAUUUGGUUUAAGCCUUGUGAUAGAAGGGCUAGCCCAAAGCGAUCUUCUUCUGUAUAUAGGAGUUUUAAUCGGAUUUCCCGGACCGUUAGUCAUACCCGUAUGCAGGGCUUUGAUGUCAAAACUAACAUUACCUGGCCAGCAAGGGGCAAUAUUUUCAGCUAUUGCCUCAAUGGAAACAAUAGUGAGCACUGGUGGAUCUGUGGCAGGAAAUGAAAUUUAUUCGGCAACCCUUGGAUACUAUCGGGGUUUUGUAUUCUUUGUAUUUUCCGGUUGCAACUUCAUUUGCUUCAUUCUCAUGGGAAUCUACAAAUUUGGAUCUCGACGUGUGUUCCCAGUACCAAUAGAUGUCAGAAGCUGAUGCGUUGUUUAAUGCAGACCUCUUAGGAAAUGUGCAUUCGAAACACUUGACAUUACUGGAUAGGAAUUAAGUGUUUGAUACCUUUGUGAAAGUGUUCUUUAUAAGUUUUCUAUUGUUUUCUUCAUCUAUUUGUGUUUUUAUAUUAUGUAUCUUACGAAAUAUAUUCACGCUAAUGUACUACGAUGUUGUUCUUAAAAACAACAACAUUAUAUUAACAUAAGACCUCCAGAUGCAUGUUCAGAGGAAAUAAAUCAGACGGCAAUACCGGUUUGAAUAUAGACUUAAUCUCGGAAAUUCAGAAGACAUUUCGAAACACAUCCUACUAUAACAUAGCGUUGGGGUACUUGACCUGAUGGUAUCACUAACAUAUCACCCAUUGUCACCCGCAAUCCAUC